GCAGGCGCGGGCCCCGAGGCAGCGGCUGCGCGCCCUGCGCCGGGGAGGAGCCGGGGGCGGGCGGGCGGCCAGCAGGAGGGGACUGGGGCCCGAGGUGGGAAGUGCCGGAGCGCCGGCGGCGACGACGGCAGCGUAGGCAGAGCAGGCUCGGUGCGUGGGUCCGCGGCGGCUCGGGGUCCGCCCGCGGGCUGCGGUGCGAGAGGGCGGCCCGGCUCCCCUUCUCUCCCGCCCGCCGCCGCCGCUGUGAUUGGGUGGAAGAUGGCGCUGGGCGGAUGGAAAUCCUAAUGACAGUCUCCAAAUUCGCCUCCAUCUGUACCAUGGGCGCCAAUGCCUCGGCAUUAGAGAAAGAGAUUGGUCCAGAACAGUUUCCAGUCAAUGAGCACUAUUUUGGAUUAGUCAAUUUUGGGAAUACCUGCUACUGCAAUUCAGUUCUUCAAGCACUUUAUUUUUGUCGUCCAUUUCGGGAAAAAGUUCUAGCAUACAAGAGUCAACCUAGGAAGAAGGAGAAUCUUCUUACGUGCUUAGCGGAUCUGUUCCAUAGCAUAGCCACCCAGAAGAAAAAGGUUGGAGUAAUACCUCCCAAGAAGUUCAUAACAAGAUUACGAAAAGAAAAUGAGCUUUUUGACAACUACAUGCAGCAAGAUGCCCAUGAGUUUUUAAAUUACCUACUAAAUACAAUUGCUGAUAUAUUACAAGAAGAGAGAAAGCAGGAAAAACAAAAUGGCCGUCUCCCGAAUGGUAACAUUGACAGUGAGAACAACAACAGCACACCAGACCCAACAUGGGUUCAUGAGAUUUUUCAGGGAACAUUAACUAAUGAAACCAGAUGUCUUACUUGUGAAACUAUAAGCAGCAAAGAUGAAGAUUUUUUAGACCUUUCUGUUGAUGUGGAACAAAAUACAUCAAUUACUCACUGUUUAAGGGGUUUUAGCAACACAGAAACUCUAUGCAGUGAAUAUAAAUACUACUGUGAAGAAUGUCGCAGCAAACAGGAAGCACACAAACGGAUGAAAGUUAAAAAGCUGCCCAUGAUUCUAGCUCUACACCUGAAGAGAUUUAAAUAUAUGGAUCAACUUCAUCGAUACACCAAACUUUCUUACCGGGUAGUUUUUCCUUUAGAACUUCGUCUCUUUAAUACUUCAGGUGAUGCAACCAAUCCUGACAGAAUGUAUGACCUUGUUGCUGUUGUGGUUCACUGUGGAAGUGGUCCUAAUAGAGGCCAUUACAUCGCAAUAGUUAAGAGUCAUGACUUUUGGUUGUUGUUUGAUGACGAUAUUGUAGAAAAAAUAGAUGCACAAGCUAUUGAAGAAUUCUACGGGUUGACAUCAGAUAUCUCAAAGAACUCUGAGUCUGGUUACAUCCUUUUCUAUCAGUCUCGAGACUGAGGGGAACCGCGAUGAAGAGACUUCUGCCUCAUUUCUUCUCUGGUUAUUAUGGAAAGGAUCAAGCACUAAUUUUUCAAGAAAAGAGAAAUGCAGGAAGCUCAGGGGGCAGUGGCACACUUUGCACACAAUAAAGCAAAGACUAUGGAUUAACAAGCUCUUCCUAUUAUGGUAGUUGAUUUAUUUGCUCAGGUAUCAUGCUGUCUGUGCAGUUCCAUUCAACAAGGAAAUGACAUCAGAGAGAGCAGCUCCUCCUGUAAAGCAGCCUUCCGGUGAUCGAUACACACACGUUCUCUUUAUUAAUUGCAUCAAUAAUGAUUCUAACUCCUUCGGGGUGCAGUAGAAAGAAUAGGAAUCUAUGCCAGGUUAUGUUGAUCAUUUAAGGAGAUGAUAGAGAACACAGUGUAUAAAUUUGCCUGUGUUGAAUGAGUACAGAAAGGAUAUUUGAGGGUCUUUUCAAUCAUAAACCAGAAAUACUUUUGGGCCCAACACUUGCAGUUGCCUUCCUGAUAUAAAAAACUAACAGGUUUUAGAAUCCAGUAUCAGGAAGACAAAUAUGUUUUGCUUCUCUAAAGAAGCUUUUAAUAAUAUACAGUAUAUGUAUAUGUAGGGAACAAUUGGUCAAAGGUGGCUUUUUGUUUCCCCAAGGGGAAAGACUGGCUUUGUAAUUAUAAUUUUUCCUUAUUUAUUUUACUUAAAACUGCUAGAGUCUAAGUAUUGUAUGAAGUGCCCAUGAUUCUGUCAGUAAAUUUGAGCAUAUUUUUAAGUUUUAUUAGCUUUUGUCAGUUAACUAGUCAUUUUGCUUGUUUCUAUUUUUAAGGUGAAUUUUAAACUCUAUUUAAAUCAGUAAGAUACCGUAAGAAAAAUUGCAAUGAGAUGAGGUAAAUAUUCUUUUUCAGGAGGAACUGAUAUCUCUGGCUAAAUAUUUGUCUUUUGUUUUAGCUUCUAAGUCAGUUAUUUUAUUCAGCUUUAAUUUCAGCAAAAUAAGAAACUAUAAAAAAAUUCCCUAUAGUUGUUAGGAUGAUAAAAGACAUUCUGGUGCAGUGGUGGUAUACUCGUCUUUAGAAUUCUUAAAUACUCUAAUGUUUCCAAUUGAGGUCAUUUCUGGAAGAUUCAUGUCAUAGCAGUUAUAUUAUUUUCCAGAGUCAUUCUUUACCUUGGAAAGAAGGAAUCAUUUACCAUAACCCCAGUAGCUAGCGGAAAAAAACUUUGAAAAUUAACUUUUAAUAAAGUAGACCAGGAAUACACAAACAUGUCCUUUUCUCCAUCCACCUUUACAAAUCUUACUGGGAGACUGUUUGGAAAUUAACUUUGUUAAGACUCCCUUCUGUUAGGAGUUUUAAGAAGUAAUGUAUGUAAUUAAAAUGUGUAAAUUUUUGCAAUUGACACUUUUUCAUGCAUCAGUAAGUUCUCUGACAGUGACCAAUGUCACUUGUGGAAAGUAUUUGAAUAAUAUAUUCAAAAUAAUAGCAAUCAAGCCUUGGAUAUUAUUUAUCAGAGUCUUUUCAGGCAGUAAUUUUUUAAUUGCUGUAAUUUUCUAAACUUAUUUUAUUAAUACUGUUGAAUACGAAAAACAAAAAAGAAUCCUUUUGUCUGCUGCUAUUAUUAACAUUUAUUAUCUGUAUCUUUUAGCUCAGGAAAUGACUUCACCUAUUCAUUCCAUGAACAUAUCUUUAACAGGGUCACUUAGUUAAUUGGGUUGUUUAACAGAUGUGCUGGGAGAAAAUUAUGAGGUAUUUUGAUAAACUACUUUUUAAGGUAUAGUUUCUGAAGCCUUAUCUUGGCUGGAAUUGUUCUGUACAAAUAACAUAGCCUGGCUAAUUUACCAGCAUUGCACAGAGAAUCACAACCGAGAAUGUGGGAAGGCCAUAGCAGUGGAACUGGAUACAUUUUUUAUUUUGAGGGCUUAAACCAAAUUGUCUUGGAUUUUAAAGUGGUGUUUCUGUGGUUUUCAGCACAGAGAAGGUGAGUAAAGUGAAGCUGAGUCAGUUUUUAUGUGAGUCAGGCCAUGGCAUGUGUAAGAAAGAUAGAUGAAGUCAUUUGCAUAAAGGUACAGCGUUGAAAUACUUUGUUUGUUUUCACAUUGUGCAUUUUAAAAAACAGUAAAAGCUAAGGUUAAAUUUCAUAUUAAAGCAAAUGAUAGCAUUCUUGUUGAGUUCCAUGGUAGUCAUACACUGUUCAUAUCUAUACUGCAUUUAAUAGUACUGGUAUGAUUUGUCAGGGGAGGGACUGUGGGGUGAUGGUUCUCAAUUUACUUUUUACUCUUAGUGCAGCUGCAUCUAAGUAGAAUGUUUGCAAGCUUAUCAGAAACUCAACAUACUUUAAAAACCUAUAGGGUUAGGGUUAUGGGGGAAAUGCAGAUAUAGUAAGAAAAGUGACCUAUAUAGACAGCAUUGUGAGGUUGUCUGUUGGUUGACUGUGGUUGAAAUGAAGGGCAGGCUUCAGUUGUAAAUGGUGGCUGAUUGCUGUCUAUGUCCAUGAUUGUUGGGAAUGGCUGUUCCAUAUUUUGUAUAUUGGAAUAAAAUUUCUAUAAAUUAUCAUAACUAAAAGUAAAUAUUCUAAAUUAAAUCUCACUUCGAAGUCAUAUGGCUUCUGUCUUUGCAACUUUACCUUUAGAAGAUUACUUAAGACAGGAGCCAUGCGACUUCCAGAAGGAAAAGGAAAUGUGUAAUAUAUGGAUCUUGUUGUCUCUAACCAUCAGUAUAGGGUUUUUUCUUUCCUUGAUGGCAGUAGAAAGAUCUCAUUUUCAUAACAUACUACUCUUGAUACUUUCUUUAAAGAUACUUUUCAUUAGAGAUUCUCUCAUGAGGUAUUUAGCUGGGAGCUAGGAGGCUAAGGCGCUCAGGUCCUGGCUCUUCAGUGAAUUUAACUGUGUGACCUUGGGCAAGUCACUUAACCUCUCUGUGCUUCAGUCUCCCUAUCUUGUAAAGUGGGAGUAAUACCUACCUCACAGGGUUGUUGUGGGGAUUAAUUAGAUAAAAUGUCUGUAAAGCAUCUAAGGUUCUUGAAGAAGGCACUAUAUAAAUACAAAAUAAUAUCUAUUAAAGUUGUUUUAUUUGUG